AUGCCUCAUGAACAGAAGUUUGCUAUUCCAGGGCAAUACAUAAUACCAACACAUAAAGUUGCUGCUGAAAAAGUGGUCGAAAAAUAUGUUCCAGGUAAAGGUACAACCAUAUCGUCAAUAGAUGUUGAAGCAGAUCAGGUCAAAUCAAUUCCAGUUAUUGUUGCCACUAUAAUAGGUAAGAUUGUAAUCAGAGAAAUAGUCGUUAGUGAUAAAGAAGACGAAAAGGACGAAGCUGACUCUAAAGACAGUCAUAUUAAAAUCAAGAAUUUUGUGGUGAAUGUGAUUCCAAAAUCGAAUACUUACAUGCAAUAUCAAGAAGAAGUGGGAGAAGAAGCAAUACCAGAGGUUGGGAAUAUAUCUAUCAAUCUUCCACAAGAAGGAGAUGUUGUGCUAGCACGUAUUACUAGGUUAAAUCCGAGACAAGCGUUUUGCGAGAUUUUAACAGUUGAGGGACAUGGAAAUGUAUUAAACGACUCUGGCUUGGGAGCCAACGGCGAAAACGCCCAUAGGUCAAUCCCAGCUGGGGGUGGUUCUCAAAGUUUAAGCUCGCAUACAACUAUAGCAUCGCAGGCAUCGCUGAUAAACGCGGUGGCUUCAGACUUGGGUGAAACUUUCAAAGGUAUAAUUAGAACCCAAGAUGUGAGACUGACCGAUAGAGAUAGAGUCAAAAUCAUAGAAUGUUUUAAGCCAGGUGAUAUAGUGAGGGCUGUAAUUAUAUCAUUAGGAGAUGGAUCAAACUACUAUUUGAGUACUGCUAAAAAUGACCUUGGAGUGGUUUUCGCUAGGAGCGAAGGGGGUGCUGGUGGGCUUAUGUAUGCCGUUGAUUGGCAAAAUAUGAUCUGCCCAGAAACAGGUGUAAUAGAGAAACGAAAGUGUGCCAAACCUUUUACAAGUUAA